AUGGAUUUGACACAUCUCUAUCCAUUUAUGCAAGCUGCAGCUACUACGGUCAAUACGACUACUCCACAAUUCACAAUGCCAUCUCAAACUCAUUAUCAACAACGAAAUACAAAUAUUCUUGUUUCACCAACGCAGUCCAGCAAACGACCCAGAGAUUUCUAUGAUCAAGAAGAUUUAAAAUCGCAUUCAUCACGUUUAGCAGCUAGAAUAACCAAACAUGGUUUACAUAAUUACGGUUUAGCAAUGGAUCUCUAUGAUGCCAUAGCACGAACACUCAUACCCUACGUUGAAUAUAACGAACGUUUUAAAUUAAAAUUUAUGAAACAAAUACAUUUAGAUACUAUGGUCACAGUACCAUCAGGAUUUUCUGAUAUCGCUCAACAUGUUCGUACUCGUUUACAAAUGCUAUGUGAUGAAUAUUCAUCAAAUACAAAUGGUCUCGUUGAAACAAAAACAUCAGCAAUAACAAAUGAAACAUCAAAAACGAAUGCAAUGGAUUUAAUCAGUGGUGCUCCAUCCGUCUACUUAGAGAAUUCUCAACAUGGAAAAGUAAUACAAAUGCUAGCAAAUAUUUUAGGCAUCGAAAUUCGUCUUGUUACAUCAUACGUUUAUGAAGAAAUUAUUUCUGUUCAACCGCAUGAUAUUCUCGAGAAAGAGCCACUGUACAUUGCUUACAACGAUGUAUCAAAACAAUAUUAUAUGGUGGACAAACCCACUAAUAUUCGUCGAGAUGAACUGUCAAAUCAUCAAUAUUGUCUGGAACAAUUAAUUCAAAAAUAUCAUUUAAACGUCGUACCAAAAUCUUCAUUGGGUUUAUCAUUAUUUUCGGCUACAGCGCAAAGUUUAAAAAAUAUUUCAAUUAAAAAUCCUAUUGUUGAAAGUGUGGUGAGAAAAUAUUUUAAUAUGAACGGUGUGUUUGAAAAUGAACUGGCUGUACUUUUACGUGAUAUGACCUAUAAACAAUUAAAAUCAAAUUUUGAUUACUAUGAAACCUAUGUACAAAUAAAACCGAAACAUUUUGAUAUUAGACGAGAUUCAAAAAGCUUAAUCGAUUGUACUUAUUAUCGUUAUCAAUUAGAAAAAGUUGUGCUGUACGCUUUAGCACAUGUUAUACAAUGUAAUAUGAUUGUGUUUAGCUCCGAUGUUAAACAAGCAAAACCGGAUGUCAUACGAGUAGAUCCGUCAAUGGAUAAUAACAAAGAUAUUAUUAUCCUCUUGAAAAAUGAGUCAACUCAACAUUACGAUAGUGCAGUACCAAAUUAUUCUCUUCGUAAUUUGAUUGGAACGAUCACUUCAAACGAAUCAUUAGUAAAUGGAAAUCGUCAUGCACAACAUUCAAAUGUGAACCAACAGAGUGAAAAAACUUCUGCAUCGAAUAAAGCAUCUAUGGAUGAUCCGAUUUAUGAAAGCAUUGAUCCAUCAUCCCCAGUUCCAGAUAUUUCACUUCCACCUGCUGCUCCACCUACGAAUUCUAAUACCUAUUAUCGUCAACUAUCUGUUCCUGCCAGUAAUACACGAUCAAACGAUACAUACGUUGGAGCAACUAUGCCAACAAAUUCAAAUGAGAAGAAAGGAGAUUUAAAAAGCAAAUUUUUUUCAAAAACAAAAGAAAAAUUUGUCACUGCUUUUAAUAAAGUAGUUGAAAACGGCAGUUUACCGAAAAAGCCACAGGUGUAUCGAAAUAAUGGUCAGUCGUUGAAUAAUUUAUUUGCACCCACUCAGAUUGGUGCCACAUCUUCAAGUGAUAGAUAUAUCGAACAUCGUCCUUCUCUUGAAAUCAAGGAUUACUCGACACUUGUACAAACUCCGCUACAGUCAUCCAACAUUCCGUCAGUAAAACGGCAAGCACCUAUUGCAGAAGUUAUAAGAAGGCAACAACAACAGCAGUUAAUAGAAAAUAACACAUAUCAGAAUACUCAACCAAGAAAUUUAUCAGAAUCAGAUAUAAUUUCAUUAUCUCAACAAAAUAAACACAGCAGGCCUGUUAAUAAUCAAAGUCAGACCUCCAUAAGACAGCCUUCGGAAAUACCACGCGCAACCGAAAAUACUCGUGACCAUCUUAUUCCGUAUAAAGAUCGACAACGAUCGAAAAUCACUUUGAAUAUGUCAUCAAACAGUGCAGUUAAAAAAGGAAACAUAUAUAAUAGUGUCACAUUGGAAGAUGUAGACGAUAGUACAGAAGAAAUAGAUUUUACAAAUUCGUUAACAGACGACGAUACGGUUAUAUUACGAGACGUUAAUCAACAAAAUACAGUUGAUCGACAGAAAAGUAAUGUAUCAAAAGUUAAAACUGGAUCCCAUCAUUAUGAUCACGAUACACUCACACGGCAACAACAGAGCAGAUAUGUUGAUGAUGAUUUCACUGAUGAGGAGUCAGAAAAUGAUAUUCGUCAAUAUGAUGAUGUAAAAAGGUUGUUGUCCGAAAAUGAUUCGACCACAACAGAUCCACAACAAGCAGAAGACGAAGAAGAAGAAGACAUUUAUAUUUCCACUACAGACAUAGUGCAAAGAGAUAAAAAGCAAUUACAAUUGUUUGUUAGUGACAAAAUCAAUCAUUUUAAUCACCUUAAUUGUUCUCCGUCUUUGAAUGAUAGAAAACUCUCAACAUCAUCACUAUCAAACAAAGAUGUUAAACGUUCGAACGACACCAGGAAGAAGCAAUAUAUCCAUGAUUUGACUAAUGUUGAAUUACGACGACCAAAAGAUCAACAACGAAGUGAAACAACAACAGCAAUGUGUAAAGAUAGUCAAAAUGAAGUAGUCGAUUCACAUCGUCAGCUAAAAAGUGAUUCAAUGGAAAAACCCAGUAGCUCAUGUGAAACAACAAAUGAUCCUUCAUCAACUCAUAAUAAUCGCAAAUCGUAUCUAAUUGAUAAAGAUGGUGUAUUGGAAGUUCUGGGUCAAAAUGACAUUUUACAACGUGAUCGGCAUAUUUUAAUGAAAGUUUUGAAGCAAGAAGAUCUCUUAUCGAAAGAAUGGCAACGUUUAUUAUAUUUAUUAGAAGAAUACGUCAAUAAUCCAAAAAGAGAGAAAAAAGAACGAGGUCUACAUGCCCUUACAUUGAUGGAAAACCUGGAUCGUCUGGGGUAUGAUUUACUGGAAAUUCAAUCAACAUCAGCAAAUGAAAAAAAUAAUCAUUUUAAAGCCAUAACAAAAUCAUUAUUACUGACAAUGGAAAUCAACGAUUGGUUGAAUGAUCACAUAUGUUCAAUAUUACACAUUACAAAUGCACAAGAUCAACGUUUUACAAAACAUUUGAGAAAAUUAUGUAUUAAAAGUUGGCAAAAACAUUAUGAUGAUUAUAGAAAAAUGUGGAUGGAUAAAUAUCCGAAUAGCAAUACAAAAACAUUUGAUUUUCAACGCGAAAUCGAAAACUUUCGGUCAGAAAAUUAUUAUCGAUUAGAUAUGUGUUUUCUGGUCAACCAAGCAUUGGCUGAUGCAUUCGGUAUACCAAUACACAUUAUAAGAGCAAUUCGUGAUGGAAAUCCUGUGGAAAUAAUUCGACCAAUUCGUAUUGCUCGACCAGGUAUUAAUAUUGUACUAAUCUCUAGUCAAAAAAGUGAUGGACAUUACGAUGUAGCAGUAUUAAAAGGCCAUCCACAAACGUUAAAAAAACAACGUAACGUGACAUUUGAUGAAAAGCCCGAAAUACGAUCAUUCAAAGUUGACGAUGAGCAAACAAUAAAAACUAGUCUACCAAGUACACCAACAUCAAUACCAACGACUAUCAAUAGCCUACCAUCAAUGAGACAACCUAAUAACAGAGUUCUUUUAAAUACCGGUGCACAGUUUUAUCCACAAUUUGCAUUACCGAACACGAUUUAUCCGUUUAAUAAUUAUUUUUCACAACAGUAUAUGCCUCAAAUGAUGCAAACAUCCAACAAUGAUGCCAAACUGUCACCAUCUUUGACACGUGCAACAUCUUCAAAUUCAAAAUCUAAAAAUAUGAAUAAUCUGACAACAAAUGCGUCAUCAACAACAACAACAACACCAAUGAUCGUUCAAAACUCAGGUAUACCAUCAAUGUCGUAUGGAACACCUGCAUCUUAUAUGCCACUACAACCGACACCACCAACAUUCAUGUAUAAUACAAUGAUGCAUCAACCGAAUAUGGCAGCUGUACCCCCUGGUGCAUUCUACUAUACAACUUCGACUUAUCCAAUGUAA